AUGUCUCUCCCCCUACCGGUGUCUGCCACUGCGAGGCAAACAUUAAAAGACGCUUUUGAAGAUCUUGAACGAACAGUUACCCCGGCAGACUCGCGCGACUUUCGGACUGCUACUCUCCAACACGUACGAGAUGCGGCGCUUGAAAUCGAAAAGCAGCUUGCUGCAAGAGGAUUACUUCGCAAUAUGCGUCGCCUCACGCCUCUAUUCAUAGGGUUGGAGCACUAUUCGAAGGCCAUGGAUACUCUUUGCAGCGGAUUCCCAUAUCUGCCAUGGAUAUGGGCACCGAUCGCUCUUGUUCUGCGAGUUGCCUCGGAACACGUGGAGGCUUUGGAACAGAUCAUUAAGGGUUAUGCCCAGCUGGCUGAAUCGAUUGGAAGAUUCGAGAUAUUAGGCUGUGCUUACAAGGACAACCACAACUUUCAAGAAACCUUGGCGGUCUUCUAUGCCGACAUUCUUCACUUCCACAAAAAUGCUUAUAAAUUUGUUCGGCGAAGCGGUUGGAAGCUAUUAUUCCUUACAUCUUGGGUUCGAUUCCAGCGACGGCUUGAUAACAUCGUUGAAGACAUGAAACGCCAUAUCGACUUGGUUGACAAAGAAGCAAAUGUUCUCAAUAUUGCCCAAGCACAAGAAAUGCGUCGCGAUAUCCGUGCUUGGCGAGAACAAAAUGUCGAAAAGGUGAAAAGCCUCGAGGACAAACAAGCCAUCAAGCAAUAUCAGUCAAUCGUUGCGUGGAUGAACAUUGAUGAGUCGGAUCAACUGGCUAUAUUCGAGUCACUCGUGUCGGAGAGACGCAGCUACCCAAAGACAUGUUGGUGGAUCUUUGAAACCGCCAAGGUCAGCUCUUGGCUCGAAAAAAGACCAGAAUCGCCAAUCCUUUGGCUGCAGGGCACACCUGGAGCUGGAAAGAGUGUGAUAUCCACGCAACUCGUUACAUAUUUGCAGUCGUGUAAAAGAACUGUUCUGUAUCACUUUUGCACUUCCUUGUAUAUGUCAUCUACCAUAUACGAGCAGAUUCUUAGAUCACUGCUUAUGCAACUGCUGCGUAAAGAUGGUGAUUUAGUCGCGCACGUCUAUGAAGAUUUUGUCCUCGGAAAGAAAUCACCGACGGUAUCUGCCUUGGAGCGACUUUUACAGCUACUUUUCAAAAGCGUAUCCGCUGAGCCGUCUCAAACGGAAUAUUUUUGGAUCGUGUUGGAUGGCUUAGAUGAAUCUCAUAGAACCCUGUCUGGAAAUGCGGUUUGCAAGGCUCUCAUAUCAAGUCGUUCUUCGAGGACGUUAUCGCGUCGGCUGCGUAAGAAGCAAAUUAUCUCUCUCGGUGAAGAGAAAGCUCGCCUCGAGGGGGCAAUACGGCUGUAUGCGUCGCAAAGGCUGCAGGCGCUCGAACAUAGGUUCCGUCAACUGGAUAUUGCGCCAGAAAAUUUGGAUGAUAUUGAACGUCAAAUCGCAAAAAAGGCAGACGGUAAAGUCAUCCAGAUCGUUGUUGCCUUAGGUUACUGA